AUGCUCCUCUUGCAGUUGGCUCAGAUUGCAGCCCAUCGCAGAUCGCUUCGUCAGCUCGACUCACAAAUGAAGAUGUCACACAUAAAUCUACAGAAGAUUGCCAGUCGACGUGGGCAGCACAAAGUGUUGGUCUAUGACGAAUGGGCCAGCGGUUGUCAGAUGAGUUGUUCACGCAUGAGGAGGCAUAGGAUCGGGGCAGAGGUGAAUCGUGCAAUCCUGCUGAGCCAGUGUGGGACUGGGGCGUGUGAAGUUGUAGACAGUGGGAAUGAGUCAAUCGGCGACGUGGCCAGCAGUUACGGGAGCCGACCUGUCCCUUGCGUUGGGGCUCGUGAUGGGCUCUGUUGGCACUCGCGUCACCUGAACCAGCAUAAUACACGCCUCUCUCUCACCGACGCCGUCGCCCUCGCCCUCGCCCUCGCCCUCGACUUUGCACUCCUUUUACACAUCGCUUUUUCCUUCGCCCUCGCCCUCGCCCUCGCCCUCACCCUCGCCCAUGCUCUUGCUUUCGCUUUCGCUUUCGCAUUUGUUUUCACCCUCGCUCUUGCUUUCACAUUCAUCCUCUCUUUCGCCCACGCUCUCACUCUCGAUCUCGCUUUCAACUUUGUCUCCAACAUCAACCUCGCCCUCGCCCUCGCCCAUGCUCUUGCUUUCGCUUUUGCAUUUGUUUUCACCCUCGCUCUCGCUUUCACCUUCAUCCCCUCUUUCGCCCACGCUCUCACCCUCGAUCUCACUUUCAACUUUGCCUCCAAUUAA